AUGAGUGACUACACCGGCCCUGGCAUCUACAUCCUCGAGUCCGUCGCUACAAACACUGUGGUGAACCUGACGGGCUCAUACAAGGCAGACGGAACCGAAAUCAUCGGCUCAAGUCCGGCACUGCCAACGAGAGAUGACAGAUUGCCCACGCCGGUGAUGAUGAGGGAUAACGUCGUGCUCACGUGA